UGGUUAGUUAGUAGCGCGAAGGAGAGUCAGUGUGCUCUUGAGGGGGAUAGUCUCGGAUACGGAGAGGGGAGUCUGGAUACACACUUGGAACUAGAGUUUGUGUUCUCUUAAGUGCUCAUCAUGCCGGUUUUUCACACGAAGACGAUAGAGAGCAUCCUGGAGCCGGUGGCCCAGCAGAUCUCUCAUCUGGUCAUCAUGCAUGAGGAGGGAGAGGUGGACGGGAAAGCCAUCCCGGACCUCACCGCUCCUGUGGCCGCUGUGCAGGCAGCUGUCAGCAACCUGGUCCGGGUGGGCAAAGAGACGGUUCAGACCACUGAGGAUGCCAUCAUGAGGAGAGACAUGCCGCCUGCCUUUAUAAAGAGGAAGUGCUCUAAUGCAGGCAUGACGAAGAUGGCCAAGAUGAUUGACGAGCGGCAGCAGGAAUUAACUCAUCAGGAGCACAGAGUCAUGCUGGUUAACUCCAUGAACACCGUCAAGGAGCUGCUGCCCGUUCUCAUCUCAGGCAUCAAGAUCUUCGUAACGACCAGGACGUCUCAGGGUAAAGGUGUGGAGGAGGCCCUGAAGAACAGGAACUUCACCGUGGAGAAGAUGAGCGCAGAAAUCAAUGAAAUCAUCCGCGUGCUGCAGCUCACGUCCUGGGACGAGGAUGCCUGGGCCAGUAAGAAGGACACAGAGGCUAUGAAGAGAGCGCUGGCUCUGAUCGACUCCAAAAUGGCCCAAGCCAAGAACUGGCUCCGAGACCCGCACAGCCAGCCAGGUGACCCGGGCGAACAAGCCAUUCGCCAGAUCCUGGACGAGGCGGGAAAAGUUGGCGAACUCUGCGCUGGGAAGGAGAGACGAGACAUCGUGGGAACGGCCAAAACGCUUGGACAACUUACUGAGCAGGUGUCUGAGCUGCGGGCCAGGGGUCAGGGAGCGAGUCCGGUGGCCAUGCAGAAAGCACAGCAGGUGUCUCAGGGUCUGGACGUCCUGACGGGGAAAGUGGAAAAUGCGGCACGUAAACUGGAGGCCAUGACCGGCUCGAAACAAGCCAUCGCCAAGAGAACCGACGCCGCUCAGAGCUGGCUGGCGGAUCCUCACGGCGGUCCGGAGGGAGAGGAGAACAUCAGGGCUCUUCUGGGAGAAUCCAGGAAGAUCGCGGAUCUCUGCGAAGAUCCCAAGGAGCGAGAGGACAUCCUGCGCAGCAUGGGCGAGAUCGCCGGCCUCACCGCCAAACUCUCCGAGCUCAAGAAAGCUGGUAAGGGCGACACUCCUGAGGCUCGAGCGCUGGCGAAGCAGAUGGCCACAGCUCUGCAGAACCUCCAGUCCAAAACCAGCAAAGCAGUGGCCAACACUCGGCCCGCCAAAGCGGCCGUUCACCUGGAGGGGAAGAUGGAGCAGGCGCAGAGAUGGAUCGACAACCCCUCGCUGGAUGACAGCGGUGUCGGUCAGGCUGCGAUCCGUGGGCUGGUCGCCGAGGGCCGUCGUCUGGCCAAUGCGCUGCCAGCGUCACAGAGGCAGGGGCUGCUGGGUAAAUGUGAGGAGGUGGAGCACCUGAUGGGGCAGUUAGCCGAGCUAGCGGCCCGCGGGGAGGCAGACGGUCCUCAGGCCCGCGCCAUCGCUCAGCAGCUGCAGGACACACUCAAAGAUGCAUUAAAGUGAUCAAAUGCGGCAGUAAAGACAUUUAUAAUGUUAGGGUCUGAUAUCUUCAGUGACACGACUACGCCGGUCAAACUCUUGGCAGUGGCAGCAACGACUCCUCCAGACGCGCCCAACAGAGAGGAGGUGUUCGAGGAGCGGGCUGCAAACUUUGAGAAUCACUCGGGUCGUCUGGGAGCCACGGCGGAGAAAGCAGCUGCAGUCGGCACGGCCAACAAGAGCACGGUGGAGGGAAUCCAGACGGCCGUCAAAUCAGCCAGAGAUCUGACGCCGCAGGUCGUCUCUGCAGCUCGCAUCCUCCUGAAGAAUCCUGGAAACCAGGCGGCUUACGAACACUUUGAGACCAUGAAGAAUCAGUGGAUCGACAAUGUCGAGAAAAUGACAGGUCUGGUGGAUGAAGCGAUCGACACCAGGUCUCUGUUGUAUGCAUCAGAAGAAGCCAUUAAGAAAGAUCUGGACAAGUGUCAGGUAGCUAUGGCCAAUCACCAGCCUCAGAUGCUGGUCGCCGGGGCAACCAGCAUCGCCCGGCGAGCCAAUCGGAUCCUGCUGGUGGCGAAGCGAGAGGUGGAGAACUCAGAGGACCCGAAGUUCAGAGAGACCGUGAAAGCGGCGUCUGACGAGCUCAGCAGGACCAUCUCACCGAUGGUCAUGGACGCCAAGGCCGUGGCCGCCAACAUACAGGACCAAGGCCUUCAGAGGGGCUUCCUGGACUCGGGUUAUAAGAUCCUGGGUGCCGUGGCUAAAGUCCAGGAGGCAUUCCAGCCGCAGGAGCCGGACUUCCCUCCUCCACCUCCAGACCUGGAGCACCUGCAGAUAAGCGACAACGCCGCCCCUCCAAAACCUCCGCUGCCAGAGGGUGAAGUGCCUCCUCCCAGACCUCCACCGCCGGAGGAGAAGGACGAGGAGUUCCCCGAACAGCAGGCCGGAGAGAUGGUCAGCGAGCCCAUGAUGGUGGCCGCGAGGCAGCUGCACGACGAGGCCCGCAAGUGGUCCAGUAAGGGCAAUGACAUCAUCGGAGCCGCCAAGCGCAUGGCUCUGCUGAUGGCCGAGAUGUCUCGACUGGUCCGGGGCGCCAGCGGGAAUAAGAGGGCGCUCAUCCAGUGCGCCAAAGAUAUCGCUAAAGCCUCAGACGAGGUCACGCUCCUCGCCAAGGAGGUCGCCAAACAGUGCACAGACAAACGUAUACGAACCAACUUACUGCAGUUGAACCUGUGCCCAUUGUCUUCCUGGUCAGGCCUUCAGAGGGGCUUCCUGGACUCGGGUUAUAAGAUCCUGGGUGCCGUGGCUAAAGUCCAGGAGGCAUUCCAGCCGCAGGAGCCGGACUUCCCUCCUCCACCUCCAGACCUGGAGCACCUGCAGAUAAGCGACAACGCCGCCCCUCCAAAACCUCCGCUGCCAGAGGGUGAAGUGCCUCCUCCCAGACCUCCACCGCCGGAGGAGAAGGACGAGGAGUUCCCCGAACAGCAGGCCGGAGAGAUGGUCAGCGAGCCCAUGAUGGUGGCCGCGAGGCAGCUGCACGACGAGGCCCGCAAGUGGUCCAGUAAGGGCAAUGACAUCAUCGGAGCCGCCAAGCGCAUGGCUCUGCUGAUGGCCGAGAUGUCUCGACUGGUCCGGGGCGCCAGCGGGAAUAAGAGGGCGCUCAUCCAGUGCGCCAAAGAUAUCGCUAAAGCCUCAGACGAGGUCACGCUCCUCGCCAAGGAGGUCGCCAAACAGUGCACAGACAAACGUAUACGAACCAACUUACUGCAGGUGUGUGAGAGGAUUCCCACCAUCAGCACACAGCUGAAGAUCCUCUCCACGGUGAAGGCCACCAUGUUGGGACGCACCAACAUCAGCGAGGAGGAAUCGGAGCAGGCCACCGAGAUGCUGGUCCAUAACGCUCAGAACCUGAUGCAGUCGGUGAAGGAGACGGUGAGAGAAGCCGAGGCCGCCUCCAUCAAGAUCCGCACUGACGCCGGGUUCACCCUGCGCUGGGUCCGCAAGACGCCCUGGUACCAGUGAGGGAGGAGCCAGCGCGGAUAUCCCAGCAUGCACUGGGGGAAGCAUUACAGUCCAGGUCUUAUAUGUCAAAGCAGACGUGUCGUCCACAUCUGGACUAAACUAUUCCAAAUCAAAAC